AUGAGCCUGCAGGAGCUGCUGUGCCGCUCCGGAGCCCCGAGAGCCCUGUGGUGGACGCUGCUGCGGCCGCCCCCCACGUCCCGGCGUGGCCUCUUCUCUGGAUCCCCGACCCACUGGAACCAGGUGGUGUCGGAGGCGGAGAAGAUCGUGGGCUACCCGACCUCAUUCAUGAGUCUCCGCUGCCUCCUGAGCGACGAGCUCAGCAACAUCGCUAUGCAGGUGCGCAAGCUGGUCGGGACGCGGCACCCGCUGCUCAACACGGCCAGGGGGCUUGUACAUGAUAGUCGGAAUAACCUUCAGAUGCGUGGCCUGGUGGUAUUACUUAUUUCCAAAGCUGCUGGACCCAGUCAUACUGCAGCAUUAUCUCUCAAGCAUGACAUGGUCAGUGGAAUUUAUCCCAGUCAAAGAAGUCUGGCAGAGAUCACAGAACUUAUCCACACCGCUUUCCUCGUGCAUCGUGGGAUAGUAAAUUUAAGUGAAUUGAAUUCAUCUGAUGGUCCACUGAAAGACAUGCGGUUCGGAAAUAAAAUAGCAAUCCUGAGUGGAGACUUCCUUCUGGCAAAUGCCUGCACAGGACUUGCUCAGUUGCAGAACACUAAGGUCGUGGAACUUGUAUCAAGUGCUCUUAUUGACUUAGUACAGGGGAUAUACUGUGAAAACUCUACUUCAGCAGAGGAAAACUGUAUCACAGAUGAUAUCGGAAUAUCGACUUGGAAGGAGCAGAUUUUCCUCUCCCAUAGUGCCUUGCUAGCAAAGAGCUGCCAAGCUGCAAUGGAAUUAGCAAAGCAUGAUACUGAGGUCCAGGAUAUGGCAUUUCAGUACGGAAAGCACAUGUCUAUGAGUCAUAAGAUAAACUCUGACCUCCAGCCUUUUAUUAGAGGGAAAUGCGGUGGCUCCAUAGCAUUUAAUUUAAAUUCAGCUCCUGUAGUCUUACAUCAGGAGUUUCUUGGAAGAGAAACGUGGAUUAAACAGAUCAGAGAGGCUCAAGAAAAAGGGAGCUUAAACUAUUCAAAGUUACAAGAAGCAAUCCUGGCUGGCAAAGGUGUGACUUCAGCUAUUGACCUAUGUCGUUACCAUGGAAACAAGGCCCUGGAAGCCCUGGAGUGCUUUCCUCCCUCUGAGGCCAGAUCUGCUUUAGAAAACAUUGUGUAUGCUGUCACCAGGUUUCCUUGACACAGAAUUUAAAAAGAGACCAUUGUUCGUUGGCUGAAAAUAACAGGGAAGAUGGGGGAGAGGUCUCCACUGUGAACCAUCUAAAUGUGUCAGUGGUUUAAUUUUUUUUUUUUUCAUUUACCACAUAACCGAAUGAGCUUCGCCUUCUUUUUGGAGCUGCUACAAACAAAAUUAGAAGAAGGAAGAGGGGGGUGGAGGGAGGUCAAACAGUUUUCACUUGGCAUGCCAGAAGCACACUUGAGGCAGCUCUAGCAGAAAUAAUUAAUGAGCUUCGCUCCUGUGACCUCAGCAAAUGGACAGGAAAUAAGUCCGUAUUGAUUGGACCGAGCUAGGGAUGGCGCCAGGGUGAUGGCCUGUGGUUUCCCUGCGCUAAAAAGGACAGAGGGGGGCAGGCAGGCAGCUUGCAGGUGUCAUGAGCAACCCUUAGUGAACAGGCCAGAAUAGAAGAGUGUGAAGUCAAGAAUUAAUGUACCAAUUUGUCAUUAUGAAGGGAAGUCCAAUGAAUUAAGAAGAAAAACCUUUUCUCUGUCUCCCUGCAAUUAUGUCUCUUCUCAGUUUUAUGUAUUGAAAUGUGAAAAUGCUUUGUUUUUUGAUGGUUGCUAAAUGUACUAAGAAAAUGUGUCAUGGGUGAUAGGUAGGAAAUUUUUAAGUGCUCUCUGAUAUUCACUUGGUUCUUAUAGGAAAUGGAAUCGCCUCUUUUCUCUCUUGAAGAUUAAAUUUUUAACCACCA